AUGAAUGCUUCCCUUACUGCUGCAUCGUUCUCUGGCGUCGCUUCCACAACAUCUCGUUUUCGAGGACAAGAUACAACUAAUCUAGAACCGUACCAGUUUCUGUGGUUUGACAAAGAAGUUAAUGCGACAGAAGACAAUUUAGUGAAAGAAGAAGCUAGACAGGUUAUAAACCAUAUGCGAGUGUUUGAUAACUUUGAAGAAUGUGAAAGAUAUGUUGAGCUUGUGGUUGAACGAGGUCAAAAGAUUAUUUUGAUUGUUUCGGGCUACUACGGUCGUGAACUUAUAUCGCGUGUUCAAAACAUACCACAAGUUGCAGCCGUUUAUGUCUAUUGCAUGAACGAAGACACAUAUAGAGAGUGGUCAAAAUCGUACAAGAAAGUCAAUAUUUUUUUCACGAAACCAAAUGAACUUAUUAAUCAAUUGAAACAAGACCAACAUGUCCGCGAGCGAACCUACGAGAAUUCAUUGGCCAUGAAUAUUUACAGCCAUGAUCACAGCGGAAAUUCUGCUGUUCAAGAACAACGUGAUAGAAAAAAUGCGUCAUUCAUGUACUUCAUUAUUUUCAUCGAUAUUCUACUAACCAUGCUGCCUAACGAUGAUAAAGCGAGACGAGAAUUAAGUCAAGUUUGGAGUGAAUAUUGUAAUGCUAACUUUUUCUCACAAAAUGUUGUGAAGGAGUUCGAAAAAGAAUAUGAAUCUCAGAAAGCAAUUUGGUGGUAUACACGUGAAUCGUUUUUAUACCGUAUACUGAACAAGGCACUGCGAGAAUCUGACAUUGAUCUUUUAUUUGGACUUCGCUUCUUUCUCUGUGACUUAUAUCGACAAAUAACAGAUGAGCAUGUAAAGUUUCUGAACUCAUACACUGCAGAAGACCCUAUCCUGCGUGUCUACCGUGGUCAGGCUAUGGGUCUGGCUGAAUUGAAUCUGAUUCAAAAGAGUAAAGGAGAAUUCAUCACGUUCAAUAACUUUCUAUCAACAAGUACGAAUCGUCAAAUAGCCACUAUAUUCGCUGAUUCCAGUGCUGCGACACUCCUUGCACACAUUAUCUUAGAAUUCGAAAUCGAUACGCGUCUGCCGGACACAAAGUGUUAUGCCGAUAUCUCAAAAUUGAGUUACUUCCAAAAUGAAAACGAAAUACUAAUUAGACUAGGAUCAAUCUUUCGUAUUGAUGAUGUGAAGUAUGAUGAACAUGAACAACUUUGGAUUGCGAAGUUAAGAUUGUGUAGUGAAGAUAGUUACGAACUGAAAGAUAUGCUAUUACAUAUGAAAGAGAGUAUAGGUAACGGUAUCAUAUCACUCGGUAUUUGGUUCGAAAAACAAGGUGACAAUGAGAAAGCGAGGCAGUUUUUCCGAGGACUUUUGGCUGAAGAGUCAAUCAGCGAUGUGGAUAGAACUAAUUGUUACAGAGGCCUUGGAACAGUUGCGCAGCGUCAGGAGGAAUAUGAUGAAGCACUAAAGUAUUAUCAACAGGAACUUUGCAUUGAAUUGACACUUGGUAAUGAUGUUUUCGUUGCGACAACUUACUCUAAAAUCGGUGAAGUUUACUGGAGGAAACGAGAACUUGAUAUGGCCAUGUCAUUUGAACAAAAAGCGCUUGACAUUUUUCUUCCAUUGAAUCAUCCACAACUAUCAAAUGUUUAUCGUACUAUGGCUAAUAUUUAUAAAUACAAAAAUAAAUCUAGCUUAUCGAUCGAGUAUUUCGAAAAAGCUCUUGAUGCAGAUCGUGAAUAUUUUCCAGAAAAUCAUUCACAAUUUGGAAUUACUUAUACAAAUAUGGGUCUAGUACAUGAUAAAGAUGGGAAAUACGAGGAAGCACUUAAAUGCUACACAAAAGCAAGUGAAAUAUUUGUAAAAUCUUUACCUGCAAAUCAUCCGAACAUUUUGCAACUGGAAAUCAAUAUUCGUUUUGCUAAAUCCAAAUUAGACCAAAAAUAA